CGCCCUUUUCUCUUCUUCUUCGUCUUGCCUCCUUCUUCAUUUUGUAUCUGACAGCCGGAGGAUUUGCCAAUUGUCAAAAUGAGUGCUCUAUCGCUCGAGAACAUCACUGGGGUCUACGCUCCCUCCGCUCUUCUGGUCGUCGGAACGUUCAUUUUGAAGAAGGAAUGGGUUCCUUUUGCCGUGGCCCUAGCUGCAGGUUUCGUUGCAUGGAAGCUGUCUGUCGGCGGUAGCAGCAAGCCCAGGAAAGUCCUCAACCCCAACGAGUUCCAGAACUUCGUUCUGAAGGAAAAGAACGACAUCUCCCACAACGUGACCAUUUACCGCUUCGCUCUGCCCCGUCCCACCGAUAUUCUCGGUCUCCCCAUCGGUCAGCACAUCUCUCUUGCCGCCACUAUCGAGGGCCAGCCCAAAGAGGUUGUGCGCUCCUACACCCCCAUCUCGUCCGACAAUGAGGCCGGUUACUUCGACCUCCUCGUCAAGGCUUACCCCCAGGGUAACAUCUCUAAGUACCUUACCACCCUGAAGGUUGGCGAUACCAUGAAGGUUCGCGGCCCCAAGGGCGCCAUGGUCUACACCCCCAACAUGUGCCGCCACAUUGGUAUGAUUGCUGGCGGUACUGGUAUCACCCCGAUGCUCCAGAUAAUCAAGGCCAUUAUUCGCAACCGCCCGCGCAACGGUGGCAACGACACCACGCAGGUGGACCUUAUCUUCGCCAACGUCAACCCCGAUGAUAUCCUUCUCAAGGACGAGCUUGAGAAGCUUGCUGCUGAGGAUGAUGGAUUCCGCAUCUACUACGUUCUCAACAACCCGCCUGAGGGAUGGACUGGUGGUGUUGGCUUCGUGACUCCUGACAUGAUUAAGGAACGUCUCCCUGCUCCCGCCAGCGACAUCAAGAUCCUCCUCUGUGGUCCUCCUCCUAUGGUCAGCGCCAUGAAGAAGGCCACCGAAUCUCUCGGCUACACCAAGGCCCGUCCCGUCAGCAAGCUGGAGGACCAGGUCUUCUGCUUUUAAGCUCACAUCAUCACUAUUUAUGGCAGUAUAUGCUAAACAUGCGUAUCCGAUUGCAGAAGCCUUGAAAAAGGUAUAGCAUUGGAACGGAUAGAGGUACGAUAAUCGGCGCCAACCCAAGACGCGACCAUGUCAUCACAUAUAACGACACUGUUAUGCUAGUACGGGAAAUGGGAAAUGUCCAAAGUGUUUUGAUUAAGUAUCUCGCUUGAUAAUUAUUAGAACUAUUGUAUAGAGAUUGUCAGAAAAAAAAAGCUAAAUAACAAAUUCGUUAUAGUCAUUAAUCUUGCGGCGCAUAUACCUCCAUCAUCUCAUCCACCAUGGUCAAGAAUUUUUCGCGAUAUUCCUCUGCCGUGGUUGUAAUGCUCAUUGGACCCUGCCGGCCGAUUAUAUUAAACGCCUGCACCGCACCUGUCAUUGCCUGUGCAUGCAGCGUAUGCUUGGCCCAAAAGAAGUCUAAGAUCACACUCCGGUACUUCCACUUCCCAUCCGCAG